AUGAUGAAAUUGGAUGACUCCAAUUGGCAAGUAUGGAAGUUCAAGAUGGAAGAUAUUCUGUAUUGUAAAGAUUUACAUGACCCUAUUGAGGGAGAUGAAGCCAAGCCAGAAAAGAUGACUGAUAAAGAAUGGGAAAAACAAUGCAGGAGGGCGAUCGGUUAUAUUCGGAUGUGGAUUGACGUUAGUGUGUUUCAUCAUGUAUCGGGUGAGACUAAUGUGAAGUCUCUUUGGAAGAAGCUUGAGGAUCUCUACAAGAAGAAGAUCGCGAAAAACAAGGCGUUUAUUAUGAGGCAGUUGGUGAACUUGUAA